UUUUCGUUCAAGGUUAUGUGGCCAAGAUUGGUAGCUAGUAAGGUCAUAAAGAGAUUGGGGAGCACAAAUUUUGUGGCAGAUUUUUCAAGUGAUAACUCAGAAUAUAUAGUAGAAAUUCCCCCUCAUUUUGAUAAAAGAUCCCUAUGUUCUGAUGACAUUAUUUUCAAUCAUGAUCUUGAAGAAACUCAAAACUUCAGGGUUUUCGUUAAUACAUGGAACGUCGGAGGAGUUGUACCAACUGAGGACUUCAAUGUAGAUGAUCUGCUUGACACGUGUCACACCUCAUCAUGUGACGUCUACGUUUUCGGGUUUCAAGAAGUAGUGCCACUAAGAGCAACAAAUGUUCUUGGAUCAGAAAGUGGAAGAAUUUCAGCAAAAUGGAAUUGUUUAAUAAGAGAAGCUUUGAACAAGAAAGAAAAGGAAAAUAAUAAUGGGAAAUUAUUUCCACAAGAAUUUAAUUGUAUUAUUAGUAAACAAAUGGUUGGAAUAUUGAUUUCAGUUUGGGUUAGAAAUGAUUUAAGUUCAUUUAUUAAAAACCCUAGUGUUUCUUGUGUUGGAUGUGGAAUCAUGGGUUGCUUAGGGAACAAGGGUGCAGUAUCAGUUAGAUUUCAAUUACAUCAAACAAGUUUAUGCUUUGUGUGUAGCCAUUUAGCUUCUGGUGGUAGAGAAGGAGAUGAGAAAAAUAGAAAUUCAAAUGUUGGUGAAAUAUUUUCAAGAACAUUUUUUCCAAAAGGCCCUUCAUUUGAAUUGCCAACAAAGAUUCUUGCUCAUGACCGUGUGAUAUUUCUUGGAGAUUUGAAUUACAGAAUUUCUUUACCAGAAUUAACUACAAGAUUAUUAGUGGAAAAAGGAGAAUGGAAUGCACUCUUGGAAAAAGACCAGUUGAGGAUGGAGCUCAUGGAUGGACAAGUAUUUGAAGGUUGGCAUGAAGGAAUAAUAAAUUUUGCCCCUACAUACAAAUAUUAUCCAAAUUCAAGUGAAUACUAUGGUAGAUCAGAGAAAAGAGGGGAAAAGAAACGUUCUCCUGCUUGGUGUGAUAGAAUAAUUUGGUAUGGAGAAGGGUUAAAGCAACAAUUAUAUGAUAGAGGUGAAUCAAAAUUAUCAGAUCAUAGACCCGUGAAGGCAAUUUUUAGCACACAAAUUAGAGUUUCAAAAAAGUUAAAGAAAUUACAAACUUUCUUUUUAUCUGAAAGAUUUAUGUGAUCUUGAUGUUUUUAUUAUACGAGAGAUAAUAGUAAAAAAAAAUCUGUAAUAUCACUUUCAUAUCGUAAGUAUCGGUUAUUGUUUCCUUUUUUAA